AAGAAAGGAGCUACAAGCUCCGCCAGAUAACAAAUGGAGGGUCUUCAGACCAAACCCAGAUUCUUCUUCUUCUCCCUCUUCUUCCUUGCCUCUGCCGCCCUGUCCGGCGCCAACAUCGUGGAGUUCGACGACCAUUGGCAGAAGAAGGCGGAGGAGGCCCUCGCCAGAUCCCGUGCCGCCUACAAUCCCGACCCCGAGGGCGUCACCCACGACUUCAAUAAGGCUGUCCACUUGGCCCUGUCAGAGGCCCGGAACAGCACGAGAAGAACCCUCAGGUCGGUCCACCGUAACAAGUUCAAGGGGCCGUGCGUGGCCACCAACCCGAUCGACCGGUGCUGGAGGUGCCAGAAGAACUGGAUCAACCACCGCAAGAAGCUGGCCACCUGCGCCAAGGGCUUCGGUCGCAACGCCAUCGGUGGCAAGAACGGCGACUUCUACGUGGUCACCGAUCCCUCCGACGACGACCUGGUCAACCCCAAGUACGGCACCCUCCGAUGGGGCGUCAUCCAGGACCGGCCCCUCUGGAUCAUCUUCGCCCGCGACAUGAUCAUCCGCCUCUCCGAGGAGCUCAUGAUCAACAGCAACAAGACCAUCGACGGCCGCGGGGCCAACGUCCACAUCGCCUUCGGCGCCCAGAUAACCAUCCAAUUCGUGCACGACGUCAUCAUCCACGGCAUCCAUAUCCACGACAUCAGACCCAGCAAUGGUGGCAUCAUCAGGGACUCCCUCCAGCACUUCGGCAUCCGGACAAAGAGCGACGGUGAUGGCAUCUCCAUCUACGGCUCCAGCGAUAUCUGGAUCGACCACUGCUCCUUGAGGAACUGCGCCGACGGCCUCAUCGAUGCCAUCGAGGCUUCCACCGCCAUCACCAUUUCUAACUGCCAUUUCACCCACCACAACGAUGUGUUGCUGUUCGGUGCCAGCGAUUCAAACGAGCACGACUCGAUGAUGCAGGCCACUGUUGCCUUCAACCACUUCGGGAAAGGCCUUGUGCAGAGGAUGCCAAGGUGCCGCUGGGGGUUCUUCCACGUCGUCAACAAUGACUACACCCAGUGGAUAAUGUAUGCCAUCGGUGGUAGCCAACACCCUACCAUCAUCAGCCAGGGGAAUCGAUUCGUCGCUCCUCGCAUGCUAUUCUCCAAGGAGGUGACCAAGAGGGAUUAUGCAACGGAGGAUGUCUGGAAGCAAUGGACAUGGAGAUCGGAGGGUGACUUGAUGCAGAACGGCGCCUUCUUCCGUGAGUCUGGAAAUCCAAACGCGAGGAAGUUCGACAGGAAGGACUUCAUCAAGGCGAAGCCGGGGAACAUGGGUGAGGAGGCUCACACGCUUCGCCGGUCCGCUCGGCUGCAGAGCCGGCCGCCCGUGCUGAUGAUUGAUGCCAUACCUCUCCCAUCAGACGUCAGUUCUCAUCGCACCUGAGGACGAGAGAAAGCAUGUGCCCGACCGAAAAGUCCGAGUGGAGUUUAGAAUGCAGUACCGCGCAAUCGUUGUUUCGAUCAUUUUAUUUAUUUAUUAGUAUUACCAUCGCUGUUAUUUUGUUUUAGGCUUUCAUUUUCAUACACAGCCACUCUUCAAUGAAUUCACAAAUGAAUUAUUUUCUAAUUUU